AUGACCACAGCACACAAUACCUCUAACCUUUGGAUCAUCUCCAAGCUAUGUCGGGAAAAGGUUCUCCAAGUUGUUACUGGAGAGGAGCUCAAACCCUCACCAGGAAAGCCCACCUCCUUGGAGGACCCUGAAAUCACCUGGAUACUUGAGCAUGAAAAGGCACAUGGAAUCAUCCAGGACCACAUCUCCAAUGCCCUCCUAAUGAGGACUGGAGACCUCACCAGCUCCAAGGAGUUACUUGACAAACUUGACCACAUUGCAAAAAUCCAGACUAUUGAUUCACAUCUCCCCGGAAUAAAACUAGGAGUUGAUACCAAACUUAUAGACUUUGUUCUUCUCCAAUCUCUCUCAUGCACUCCUAAAUGGCAAGUAUUUCAAUUAUUGGUAAUCAACACAAUUGAAGAAGAUAAACUUAUCUUUGAUGCAGUUGAGAUCUGGACCACUGCAGAAGUUGCACAACAGUCAGGAAACACUCCUAGAGGUUCAGAAUGA